CUCUGUCCUAGGUAGGGAAGGUGUAAGAGUGCUGAGAAGGUCUGGGACUGUUGGAAAGUCAUCUAUGAACACAUUGUGUGACAAUCCACACCUUACAUUAUUGCCUCUUCAUCCUUCUCUGCUGUUUGCCACCUUUUAAAUCCUGGAUCCCACUGAGGUCCUACAUAACCAAGUUACCUGUCUAAAGGGCGGAUGGUGCAAUCAUAAAAUAGCAGAAUUCACAUCAAAUAAAAGAAUUUGAACAGCCACACAACAGCAUCUCCAGAUUUCCCCUUUUACCUCUGUGGGAGACAGCUAGAGCCGCCAAGGAUGCUAGGGUGGGACUCGCGCCCCCAGGUGGCCGUGUUGGGUUCAGCCUCUGGGAACGCAGCCGCCCCGCCCACUGCAGCGGGAGCCAAUGACAGCCCGGGGCCCCGCCGCCUCACGCGGUCACUUCCCAGCGAGUAUUUAGAAGCGGGCCAGGACCGCGCGCAAGGAGAAAGCUAAGGAAGUGAAGGGUAUGCUGAGCUGCGGGCAGUCCCACCUCAUUCUGCAAAGCAGAGGACAGCAGCUGUCGGCCUUGUGAGUUGGGCGCAAUACAGUACCUCCUGCACUGUGGCCUUCCAGGUACCAGUAUGUUGAGCCCGAGUGGAAGGGGGUGAAUCCUAGAGCUACCUUACCCCAUCCCUCGAUUGCUGCCAUGGCCUGGCUGGUGCUGCCGGGUACACUGGUGUGCAUGCUGCGCUUCGGGUUAGGCAUCCCAGACUCUGAGGCCUUCCCGCCUCCUGCCCUCCACAACUGCCCUUACAAAUGCAUCUGCGCUGCCGAUCUGCUAAGCUGCGCGGGCCUCGGGCUGCAGGAUGUGCCAGCCACGUUACCUCCGGCUGCUGAAGACCUGGAUCUGAGCCACAACGCGCUCCGGCGCCUGAGCCCCGGCUGGCUAGCGCCCCUCUCCCGGCUGCGCGCCUUGCACCUCAGCCACAAUGAGCUGGAUGCGCUGGGUCGCGGCAUCUUUAGCAACGCCAGCCGCCUGAGGCUGCUCGACCUGUCAGCUAAUGCCUUGCAGGCACUUGGCCGUCACGAUCUCGAUGGGCUGGAAGCACUGGAGAAGCUGUUUCUAUUUAAUAACCGUCUGGCACACUUAGACGAGCACGCGUUCCACAGCCUAAGAGCGCUUAGCCGCCUCUACCUGGGCUACAACGAAAUUUCCUCCUUCUCUUUCAACCAUCUGCACGGCCUGCGCACAACCCACCUGCGCACUCUGGAUCUCUCUUCCAACCAGCUGGGACUCCUCUCCAUCCCGGAGCUGGCCGCACUGCCGGCCUUCCUCAAGAACGGGCUCUACUUGCACAACAACCCACUGCCCUGUGACUGCCGCCUCUACCACCUGCUGCAGCGAUGGCACCAGAGGGGCCUAAGGGCCGUGCGUGAUUUUGCCCGUGAGUACACAUGCCUGGCCUUCAAGGUGCCUGCCUCUGGCGUGCGCUUCUUUGAGCACAGCCGCAUCUUCGAGAACUGCUCAGCAGUCCCACCUCUGAUCCUAGAGCGACCCGAGGAGCAGCUACACGCACAGGUGGGUGGGUCCCUGAGGCUCUACUGCAACACCAGUGCCCCGGCCAUGAGCAUCACAUGGGUCUCACCGCAGCACGAGCUGCUCCUGGCACCAGGAUCCCGUGAUGGCAGCAUCACAGUGCUGGGUGACGGCAGCUUGGCCAUCAGUGCUGUGCAGCAGCAGCACGCAGGCAUCUUUGUGUGUAUGGCCACGGGGCCCCACCUGUACCACAACCAAACACUUGAAUACAAUGUCAGCGUGUACUUUCCACAUCCGGAGCCUGAGGCUUUCAACACGGGCUUCACCACGCUGCUGGGCUGUGCUGUGGGCUUGGUACUUGUACUGCUCUACCUGUUUGCACCACCCUGCCAUGGCUGCUGCCAUUGCUGCUGCCGCCGCCAGCUCUGCCGUGAGCGCCGCUGGCCCCGGGAACCUAGCCCACUCCAGGAGUUGAGUGCACAGUCUUCUAUGCUCAGCACCACACCCCCAGAUGCACCCAGCCGGAAGGCCAGUGUCCACAAGCACGUGGUCUUCCUAGAGCCCAGCAGGAGAGGCCUCAAUGGACGCGUGCAGUUGGCAGUCGCUGAAGACUUUGAUCUCUGCAACCUCUCGGCCCUGCCACUAAAGGCUGGCUCUGAGUCUGCCAGCUCCACAGGCUCAGAGGGACCCAUGAUGACCUAGGCUACCCAGGGCCCACCCAGGCCAUGGCCCUCUUCCUGCUUGUUGUGCUCCCUCCUACCAUCCAGAGGACUGUCUGGUGCUGGUGGGAGGCCUUGAACCUGGGCCCACUGCUCCUGUGUGAGCCUUCACCUGAACCCAAGGGCCCUAAGCACUAGGAGAGGAGUUGGGUCCCUAACUUGCCUCUGCGCUGCCUAGCACAGGACCUCAAGGCUCUAGAUAGUGCCUGUUUUCCCCGGAACCUCCUAAGCCCAAAUGUCCCAUAAGGACUGGGGAGCAAGCCCACCUGGGAAACCGCUUGCAUUUCAAGCAUAUUCAGAAAAUUUGAUAGAGUGAGCCUAUGGGGGAAAGGAAGAAGGGCUCAGAUCUGGCCCCCCACCCCAGGGCAGGAGGCAGCACAGAAAUUAAGCCCAUCUUCCUUCCCUUGGGUAAAACAGAAUGCCUUCUGUCCACCAGCAUCCAACUCAUUAAAAGCUUCAGCCAUCAGUCUCGAGAGACUCCGGGGGACACUGAGUCCCAGUCAGAAUGGCCCUGCUCUCUCCAGUCAGGAGCAUCCAGCAUUCACUCUGAAGGCAGAGCCCAUCCCAAGGGCUCAACAGCAGUAAAGAGCCUGGUGAGCAAGCCAAGCUGGGAGGGCCCAGCCAGAACUUUGUGUCUCUUGAGGCAGAUGCCUCUUAAAGGCUGGCACUGGUCUCAGCAUGACUGAAGUAGUGCCCUGGCUUUGCAUGUAUCUCUCCACUCCCACUGCAGUGGGAAGGGAAGGGGGCCUGGGAUCUCCUCAGGUGUGGGGGCUGAGCUGGGGGUUACCAUGGCUGUCCCAGCCCUGCUGUUACAGACUUCCUUAAUAAAGGCAGUACGUGCUCAUUGCUGGAGCCUUGCAGAUGCAGAAGCAUCAUGUGCUCACCUCUUGAUUCAGCAGUGUUGCCCUGGCCACUGUAGGAUGGCACUGCCCCCAACUCCCACCCAGGGGCACAACUGUAAGCCAAGGAACCCAACAUUGUUGGCUCUGAGUCUUCUACCCAGAACAGCUGCCACUGCCACCUGUUCAGGCAGUCCAUGUCCCUCCAUUUGCCUUCUACCUACUGAGGUCAUUUUCAAGAUGAGGC